GGAUGUGGACCCGCACGUGGACAGGACGACCCGCAGCCCACUCACUGAAACACUCGGAGCACUCACAGCGGCAGCAACAUGUCGGUCGAUAGCGUGUUCAGGACCCGCUCCCUCGGUGUUGCCGCCGAGGGUCUUCCUGACCAGUACGCCGAUGGCAAAGCGGCCAAAGUGUGGCAGCUGUACAUCGGGGACACGCAGAGCCGGACGCAGGAGUACAAGAGCUGGGUGGUGUCUCUGCUGAGGGAGCAGGGGGUGCGGAAGGUGCUGGAUGUCGCUUGCGGAACCGGAGUGGACUCCAUCAUGCUGGUGGAGGAGGGCUUCAAUAUGGUGAGUGUGGAUGCCAGUGACAAAAUGCUGAAGUACGCGCUGAAGACAAGAUGGGACAGAAGAAAAGAACAAGCUUUUGAUCAGUGGGUUAUUGAAGAGGCCAACUGGCUGUCGUUAUCAGAAGAUAUUCAGAAGCCAGGGGAUGGUUUUGACGCUGUCAUCUGCCUGGGCAACUCAUUUGCCCAUUUACCAGACUUUAAAGGGGACCAGAGUGAUCAUCAGCUGGCCCUUCAGAACAUUGCCAGUAUGGUCAGACCAGGUGGGAUCCUCAUCAUUGACCACCGAAACUACGACUACAUCCUUGAGACUGGGAAGGCGCCGAAAGGCAAAAACAUUUACUACAAGAGUGAUUUAACUCAGGACAUCUCCACCUCGGUGCUGUGGGUCAACAGUAAGCCUCAUAUGAUCACUCUGGAUUACACCAUCCAAGUGCCCAAGGCAACUGAACAGAAUCUCCCUGAAGUCAGUAAAUUCCGUCUGUCCUACUACCCUCACCGUCUGGAGAACUUCAAAGGGCUGCUGAACAAGGCCUUCACCGGCAAAAUGGAGCACAGCGUCUAUGGAGACUUCAAGACAUAUGUCCCCAGCCAGACCGAGGCUCCCUGCUACUUCAUCCAUGUCUGUAAAAAGUCCGCCUGAGAGUCUUAUACCCCUAAAAAUGAAACAGUUCUGUUUUGUCAGCGACAACAAUUACAUAGAGGCUAGUAGAUCGGAUAUUAACCCAAUUAAGCAAAUAUUCUGAAUAAGACACUACUGUUCUGAUUACCUUUAACCGAAUAAGGUCAUAUUCAGAAUAAGUAAUAUUUGAAUUAGGAUAUGAGUAGUAUUUCCUCCAUGUUCACAUUAUCUAGACAUGUAUACGUCUUGAUCGCAGUAUAACGCCUUAUUAGAAUUUUUACAGCAUUUUGCGACAUCAACAUUUGUAGCUAUAAAAAAAUUAGGAAGAAAACACGUAGCAGACGGUAGCAUUGUACAUUCAGGUUGGGAUUUUAAAACCAGAGGAGCAUAAUCGGGAGCAUAAUCGGUUUCUGCUAUGUGACAUGGAAUAUGUAUGGAGAAUUCUCUUAGGAGCUCAUGUCAACAUCAAAAUCGCAAUAAUGUCUUAUUCAGAAUAAGGUGAAUUGUCCGAAUUUUGGUGUCCAUGUAAACGGCGUCAUUGACGAAAACAUAGAGACUGUACAUGUUCCUGUUAGACUGUGAAUUAUUAUUGGAUAAAUAAUAUGAUUGGCCUUUUAAGAAAAUGUAUUGGUACAUUUAAUGACCUUGAAAUUUGUUUAUCGUAGGUUGUUUAUCGUACAGCCGCUAAAAGUUUCCAUUUUCUCUAAUAACUUUUAAAUUAUGAAUCUAAACUGUUGGAGCGGCAGAGCCUUUUUUCUUUCCAAGGAGCAGCUGGUUGAUUUUCAUCUCAAUAUGUUCUCACAGCACAAGCUGACACAUCCUGGAACUGUCUUAAACAGGUCAAACCUACUUUGAAAAAUUGAUUCAAUAUGUAUCGGACCACUGUUUUUGUCCAGAUGUGCUAUUUUCCCAGAAUGCAGUGCUGUGUCUGCUGUGGCAUUUCCCCCAUUUCUUUUUGCCCUUCUGCUUCUUGCCCUUCACAGCUUUGAUAUUGACAAUGAACAUAAUUUCUAAAUGUUGCUGUACAUUAGUGAUAUUCCUCUUGAUGGAAUACUUGAUUUUUGUUGCAAAUAAUGUUCAAAGUUCUAAGAUUUACCAUAUACUUAGUCAUUUGUAUCCUGUGAGUUCAUCACACGCGUCUUAAUAACACAGGUGAAGCCUUUAUUGUCAAGCUGAUUUCAUUCUGUGUUCAUUUCUCAGUUCAUUUUUUCAGGGAACAAUCACAAUGUCAGAGUACAGCCAGUGAGGCCUGUGACUCAAAUUAGUGUUCGACGCCUUUCAGACGUGGUAUUAACAUCCAACCUGAGAGCUGCAAUCUCAAGUGGUCAGUGCUAAGUUCAGGGGUUAACAGACCCAAAUGUGUCCUGAGAUCUGAUCUCCAGAGCUAUUUGACCGCUGACCUUUCAUGAACCUUUCAUGACCUUUCAUGAAAAACACUUGCAUUAGGUGAAUCAUUUCAGUCUUUGUUUCACCGAUUCUAAAUUUUCUCUUGUAUUUUUUUCUCUUAUUUUGUGGUACUGUUAACUCAUUUCUGGUUGUUACUUGCAACAGAACAGCAGUGAGUCUCUUAUGUUUGAGGUAAAAAAUAAAUCUGAAUUCCUGCUGAGGAUUCAAUCCAAAACUACUAUCUGUUUCAUUUCAGGAAAAAUCUGCUUGGUUUAGUAAACUCACAAUAUAUUGCAUGACUCAAAUAAAUCCAAUAACCCCCUUAAAAAACAUUUUAUCAACCAAAGAUGUUAAAAAAAAAUUGUUUUGCUCUAUCUUGUAAUUUUUGUGUGACAGAUUUUUUUUGCAGGGUCUCAAAUAAUUGAGUUUACCCAAAUAAUGAAGGGGAACGUGAUGGAUGAAUAGUUUAUUGUGUUUAAAAAGUGUUUUACUUUGAAACUUAAUUAGAGUUUUUUUGAUUAGAAGUAGUCAAAUAUUAUCACUGCCUUUGACUUUGCUGUGAGAGAUAGUUUGUGAUUAACAGCAUCAGAGAGGUAGAAUGUUUGAGUAGGUUCAUGUAGAAAUAAAAUCAUUUCAGAACAUUCUUACUGUUAUAUAAUUAUUUUAAGACGUUAAUGUUAACAUUUUAUACAUUUUAUUGCUGAUACAAUUAUUGGAAUUCUUUUGCAUGUCAUUAAAGUUUUAAAAAAGUAA